AAGUAGGCGUGUGCUCAGCUAGCUCAAGAAAAUAUACACAGUGACUAUACUAUAGUACUAGUCAAUGCAGAGAUAGAGUAAUUAUCUCUGGUCAAUGGAAGUGGUUUCCUAUGGAUCACAAAGAGAGCCUGAACACUGCCCAACAAACAGUGGCACUGGACACCAAGUACAACACAUUCCGUCCACUACCAAACCAACAUCGUAUGCUGUACCUACGCCGUCGUAAUCAGCUGCUCCAGGAGAAUGCAAAGUACUGCGAUGAUGUCACCAUCCGCCAGUUCUAUCUCCAACAGAGGUCCCUCGUUCUUGCCUCAAAGUACGGCCCUCUAGACAAAAGGUCCAAUAAGAGUAACAACAGUCGCAGAAGUUCCACUAGACACAGUAAUCAUCAGAGCAUGGAGUCCCUUCCACUCUCUGAUAACCAUCUGACCACCAAGUCCCCCCGUGGACGAGGUCCUCUCAUGAGGUCAGGACUGGUACCUACCAAAUCCGCUGAUGCUAGCAGAGCACUGGCUGGUGAUUCCUCACUAGCUGAACAUUAUGCGUUCUGUGGAAUGCAUCACAUUUUUGACAAGCACAAAGACGCAGUGACCAUUGUCCAGUUUUCCCAUGAUGACAAGACUCGGCUGGCAUGUGCAUCACGUGAUGGCACACUGACUGUGUUCAGCCUAGUCUCUGAACCACCCUCUCUAGCUGCCACUCUCAGGGGACACACUAGAGCUGUGAAUGAUUUUGAUUGGUCAGUUGCGAAUGACUUCAUAGUGUCAGCGUCCUCUGAUGGUACUUGUCGACUAUGGGACCCCACUAAUGGCAGCUGUCUCAGAGUCAUCACUGACUCCCCUGGGGCAAGGACACUCAGCUGCAAGUUCCACCCCACCAACAACAACCUGCUGGCUCUUGGUAACAGCAAGGCACAGGUGAGGUUGUUCAAUGUCUCUACUGGGAUGGCUGUCAAGAAUGGUAGUGGCAAGGCAGCUGGAGGAGUGCUGUGUCUAGCAUUUGAGCCAACAGGGGCGGAGUUGUGGGCAGGGGACAGUAAGGGAUCGAUAUUCUCUUACAUUUUAGACAAAAUCACUUGGAAACUGCAAAGGAUCAAACGACUGGUGGUAUCUCAGGGCUCCAUGGUAACGAGCAUCUCGUAUCGUACGUGGGUGAAUCGUGAGGCUCGUGACCCAUCUCUCCUGGUCUCAUGCGCUGACAGCACUCUGCGACUGUUCCGACUCCUACCAAACAAAGACAUUUACCUCAAACGCAAGUUCUCUGUGGCCCACUCCACUCAACCAGUCAAGAGUGCCUUCUGUCCUCUCAUGAGCUUCCUUCAGGGUGCGUGUGUGGUGUCAGGGGGUGAGGACGGAGGGGUUCAUUUCUUCGAUGUAGACAGUGGUGCUAUAGUGAAUGAGUUACAGGGACACUCCAGUCCAGUCCUCUCUGUGGCCUGGACCUAUGACGAGAGCUUGCUGGCAUCAUGUGACAUCGAUGGAACAGUGAUUGUAUGGAAGAGAGGUGGAAAAACUUAAAUCACAUACGCUUAAUCUCCUAGCUAUAAUAUUACUUUUUGUGUUUAAUAGUAUGUUUCCUCACAAUAUUAAUGUUAUUGAAUUGAAAAACCAACAAUAACGAUGUAUCACAAAAGUUCUAUAUUAUACUCAAAAAUGGCUAUUCUUACGUACACUAAAGUUCAAACUUCAUGUGCUACAAAAGAGCUAAGAAAUCACUUGAAAUACACACAAUGACAGUACACUAGUGUCUGAACUAUCAUACAGUCUUUCUGUCAGUCAUCACUCGAAUAAUAGAUCC